CAUCAGGCUUGAGCUGCAGUGACACACACUCUCAGAAGAUUCUGUAACAGCGUCAGCAUGUGCAGUCUGAGAGCUUACAGGAGCAUUAGUGAGCAGGAAGCCUAGGGGACAGCAGCAGUGACUGGCAGCAAACAGACAGCUCGUGUUAUAAAUCAGCCUGGCACAGUCUGUGGAGAGAGAGAGAGACUCGAGACAGACCGCAUUGCAGGGCAGACACACAUAGCAGAGCAUGAGUUCAGAAAUGGAGGUGUGGAGCAGUUCGGGAAUGGAUGAGAGCGAAAUAGACAGCAGCACCAGCCAUGAUGAAGAUGAUGAAGAACCAGAGGACGAAGGGGAACCCGACACUGAGGGACUGUGCAGGGAGCUGGUGCAAGUGCUGUGCGCAGAGAGAGUUGGUCAAAUCACAAAGACGUAUCAUGACAUUGAGGCAGUUACACAUCUGCUUGAGGAGAAAGAGCGCGAUCUGGAAUUGGCAGCCAGGAUUGGCCAAUCACUGCUCAAGCAGAAUAAAGCCCUGACUGAACGCAACAAACUACUGGAUGAACAGCUGGAAAUCACCAAGGAAGAGAUUGCCCAGCUGCGUCAUGAGCUCUCCAUGAGAGACGAUCUCCUGCACUUCUAUGCCAACACUGAAGAUAUAGAGCAUGCCUCAGAAACGCUACUUAUACAGAGUGAUUCGUCCUCAUCUCUCAGCAACUACGUCAAUUACGACUUGCUGCAACAGAAACUCAAGGGUUUAGAAGAGGAGAACUUCAAACUGCGCACAGAGGCUAACGAGUUAACAUUUGAGACGAACAGUUAUGAGGAACAAGAGCAACGGCUUAUGAUGGUCUGUGUGGACGAACUCUCUACAGUAAACAAACAGGUCGUAUCUCUGUCAGAAGAAUUAGGCCGGAAGGUGGAAGAUUCGCUAAGACAACAAGAGGAGAUUAGUGCCCUCCUGGGACAGAUUGUCGACCUGGAGCAGCGCUGCAAAGGGUUCACUGCUGAGAAUGAGGAGUUAACGCAACAUCUGAAUGCUUCCCGGGAAUCCCAGUCACAGCUUAAAACAGAGCUGAAGGAACUGCAGGAGAGGUACUCAGAAUGUGAAGACAUGCUCCAUGAGGCCAGAGAGGACAUUAAGAACCUGCGCAAUAAGAGUCUGCCCAACAGCACCGUGCAGCGUUACAGCACCCUGGCAGCAGUCCUCCCAAUGGAUUCACUUGCUGCUGAGAUUGAAGGAACCUUCCGGAAAGGCCUAGACAGCCCAGCACCCACUGAAUACAAGAAUCAUCCGUUGCGGGUGUUUGAGACCGUGAAAGUGGCCAAUCAGGCGGCUCGGCUACGUUCCCAGAUUCACUCUCCGCAGGUUCCGGGUUCGAGCCCUACAUCAUUACGCUCUAGUCGAAUCAGUACACCACGGACCAGUUAUUACGAAUCAGACAAUAUUAGUGUCAACAUGGAGGAUAAGCACUCCCCUCCCACGCACACACAGGAUCAUGGGUUACUGGAGUCGAAGCGUUUGGGCCAGCCAGGUACGCCAGGUGGGCAGGAUUUGGAGGAAGCGCUCCAGUCUCUCUCAGAGCGUCAGGAGAGGCACACGUCCGAGCAGCCGUUCUUCGAGGUGGAGAGAGAAAGGAAACUGCGUGCCCUGCAGAGUGGAAGCAGCGGCAGCGGCGGCGGCUCCAGCGGCUUCCUGACUCCCAACGGCAGCGUCGCAUCCACAGGAACCAACUACUCCGGCACCUCCACGCAUUCCUCAGGCACAGGCUCCUCCCGCUCGUAUCUGCCUGAACGGCUGCAGAUAGUCAAGCCGCUGGAGGGCUCUGUGACUCUGCACCAAUGGCAGCAGCUGGCCAAGCCCAAUCUUGGGGGCAUCCUGCACCCACGGCCAGGUGUCCUCACCAAAGACUUCAGAGAGCUGGACGUGGAUUUCCAACAUGUCUACACCCUCAACGACCUCGAGGAGGAUGAGCCUGAUCUCUCCAAAUUCCCCAACCUCCUGCACGGCACUGUGGUCCCUUCAUCCGGACCUAACAUCCCUCAGACCUCACCCACACCUCCGACCACUAGCUGUCAGAUCCUCCAUCCCUCCGUCCUCCUCUCCUCCUUCUCCACCAGCCUUCGGCCCCGCAGUGCAUCCGCUUGUGGGAGCUGUGAGCACGUGAGGACAUCAUCAGGCCUCCAGUUCAUCUCUGGGUCCACGUCACACCUCCAUCAGACUUCCUCCCUCGGUCUGCUACAACUUGUAUCAGAGCACGGCAUCUCGGCUGCAAUUCAUCCCAACGCCCCUCUCAUUCACAGAAAAAAAGAAAAAAGAGAAAAGGAAUGGCAGGGAAACAUUUUCAGCGUCAAUCUUGUGGAAAAACUCAGAAGCCUGGGCCUGUACAAAGUGGUUGCCAGAGGCUUUGUGGAUUUUGGUGGAAAAGAAAAACCAGCCCCACCAUGAAACACAAAAAGACGUUCACCAUUAAAGGUGCCAUUUUGUGCAUCACCCUCAUUGUGGCAUGCAGCUAAACUUUUCCCAUUUGUAAUGGGAUAUUCCGCAAGCCAUAUCAAGUUUUUAUUUCUGUAGUGACUUCUUAUUGGCACUGGGAAUUUUAAGUAUGGACUGCACCUCAAAAAAUUAUGAAGUCAAACACAUCUGUGUUAAUAUCAUUGUUGUUGUAGGGUGUUUUAAACACUCUUCAGAAGGGAAUAGCUGUACAUAUGUUGACUUUUUAACACGUCCUCUUUUGUUGAGACUUUGUCUGUCACUAUCAGUCUUGAAAUCACUGUUUUAUUGUUAUGAAAUUGUAGCAGCACUACAGAAAAAUGCACUACGUGGCCUCAAUUUUUGCUUGCUGCCAACCAAGCAUCGGUGUCAGUAGUGCGUUUUGCUUCAUAAUAGCACUUUUCAGGGCAUUCAAAUCCCUUUUCUUGAGGAAUGCAGGGUACAUUAUGUGAGGUUAUGUACUGUACCUGCAGUCUAAAUGCUGUAAAAAUUAGAAGCUGUAUUCAUGAUGACUGUUGGUGGUCAAUUUAGGGAACAUUAUAGUCUUGUUGAGUGAAUAGAAGUGAUCUUGUGCUUUAUUUUCACUGUGCUUUAAUGCAGCAACACCUCAUGUGAUGGUACACCAUGCACACACGUAUGUCAUGCAACUUUAAUGCCACAGACACGUUUUCACCGUAAUGUUUGUAAUGUAUAUGAUUGUGUUUUGCAAGAAUCAUGGAUGCAGUAAUAAAGUUAAGUGCUCUAGAGCCGUAAAUUGUGAAUACACAAUCGGGUAAUUCUAACACAGAGUCGUCUAGGGGUGAAUUUGUAUCACAGGAUUAUUCAUUGAACACAGCUUUGUUUUCUUCUCCUCUCCAUCAACAUCUUCCAUUGUGUCCACUUGUGUCUGUCAACCAAGUGAACAGAAAUAUGGUAAUCUGUAUAUGGAGAAAGCCUUGUAUGCUUUUGAAAUUUUCAAAGGGGCAUGAUAAGGUGUAGUAUUUACUGAUCUAAAGUCUCAGACAAAAUGGUUAUUUAAAAAGUAAUAUAUUUAAAUAAAAAUGUCUACCUGAAAUGCCACUCUGUGUAAAACACAAUGCCUGGUAGCCAUUUUUGUAAAAUAUGUAAAGUGUUGUUUAAAAAAAAAAAAAAA